AUGCCUAAAUCACCACAACAAGAACCAAAAAAGUCUCUUGUGGAUCAAAUACUUGGCGACGGAGCAGUGGCGGAUUUAUGUUUGUGGAAAGACAAGAUAAAAUCAGGCAUAACACUUGCAAUGGCCACACUUUUCUGGUACAUGUCUGAUGUCCAGGAGAUUCCGUUUGUACCCCUUCUCUGUUCAAUCUUGUUACUCCUCAUGCUCCUCCUCUUCCUCUGGGCCAACUUUGGACAACUACUUUUCACUCUGAGACCUCCCACUCCUGCAGAGAUGAAACUAGAAGAUUCACCACUUAAAGCCUUAGUUUCAAAGAUCGAGAGCCUUUUCUUGAUGCUGUACGAGAUUGCAUAUGGGAAAGACAUCAUAACCUUUCUCUUGACCAUCCUUUAUGUGGCCACCAUAGACACCGUUGCGAGCUACUUCAACCUAGUCACAUUUUUGUAUAUAUGCUUCUUCUGUUCGAUGACGAUUCCGGUUUAUUACCUGCGAUUUCAAGAAGACAUUGACAGUUUCUUUGGGAAGCAGAAGAAAAUGGUUGUUGGAGUAUUCAAAUCCUCUGUUCUCGAUAAAAUUCCUAGGGCCGCCAAGAAGGAGUAG